AUGUUGAGACUUGGACAGAUCAGCCAGCAGCCAGCAGGGAGAUCAACACAGCCGCGUUCAAGCCCCUGGCUUCAAACCGGCCGCGCCGUACUCUCCACGCACGUCAGGCUGUGGGCGCGACAGCCGCAGCGCCACCCAAAUGUGGCGCUGUACACUCCAGGCCGCAGCUUGGGGCUCCAGAGCAGAGGAGGCGGCGGCCCUCACUUUUACUUCAGCCGCAGAUUAUGUGUGGACUUGAUUUCGAGCCAGUACAGCCAGGCGCCCGGCUGCACUAAGCAGCCCAGCUUCAAUUUCCAGCGUGAGGCCAAGGGCAUCUACUGCAAGGCCCACGCUGCGCCAGGCAUGGUGAACGUGGUCAGGCCCUGCUGUCAGGCGCCCGGCUGCGCCAAGCAGCCCAGCUUCAACUUCAAGGGUGAGGCCAAGGGCAUAUUCUGCAAGGCCCACGCUGCGCCAGGCAUGGUGAACGUGGUCAGUCCCUGCUGUCAGGCGCCCGGCUGCGCCAAGCAGCCCAGCUUCAACUUCAAGGGUGAGGCCAAGGGCAUAUUCUGCAAGGCCCACGCUGCGCCAGGCAUGGUGAACGUGGUCAGUGUCUGCUGCCAGGCGCCCGGCUGCACCACACAUCCCAGCUUCAACUUUAAGGGCCAGGCCAAGGGCGCCUACUGCAAGGCCCACGCUGCGCCAGGCAUGGUAGACGUGGUCAGUCCCCGCUGCCAGGCGCCCGGCUGCACCACGCAUCCCAGCUUCAACUUUGAGGGCCAGGCCAAGGGCGCCUACUGCAAGGCCCACGCUGCGCCAGGCAUGGUAGACGUGGUCAGUCCCCGCUGCCAGGCGCCCGGGUGCAUCACGCAUCCCAGCUUCAACUUGAAGGGCCAGGCCAAGGGCGCCUACUGCAAGGCCCACGCUGCACCAGGCAUGGUAGACGUGGUCAGUCCCCGCUGCCAGGCGCCCGGAUGCAUCAAGCGGCCCAGCUACAACUUCGAGGGCGAGGCCAAGGGCACCUACUGCAAGGCCCACGCUGCCCCAGGCAUGGUAGACGUGGUUCACUCUCGCUGCCAGGCGCCCGGCUGCGCCAAGCAGCCCAGCUUCAACUUUGAGGGCCAGGCCAAGGGCGCCUACUGCAAGGCCCACGCUGCGGCAGGUAUGGUAGAUGUGGUCAAUCGUCCCCGCUGCCAGGCGCCCGGCUGCGCCAAGAGGCCCAGCUUCAACCUUGGGGGCGAGGCCAAGGGCGCCUACUGCAAGGCCCAUGCUGCGCCGGGCAUGGUGAACAUUUUCUACCUUCGGCGGCGGCAGCGGCCUUCCACUGCGAGAGGCGGUGGUCCCUUAUGA